CGUCUGUCUGGAAUCCUGUUAAAGGCGACGCGUCGCUGUCUGCUGCUGCAGAGAUCAGAUGGGAAGAACAUUUGAACAAAAUGCUGCUCAAACUUAGGGGCCUGGAUAACCCGGCCGGACUGUCUGCCCUCUGCCCGGCCACACACGGUCCUCCCGGGGGCUGCACUCUCUACUGAAACGAUGCAGUCUCUGCCCAUGGAGGUGGGAAGCAGCAGCAGCAGCAGCAGCAGCUCGGUGGUGCAGGUGUGCUUCCCCAGCGCUCAGGCCUCGGUGCUGGACAGCCUGAACCGGCAGAGGGAGGAGGGCAGGCUCUGUGACCUCUCCAUCCACGUCCAGGGACAAGUGUUCAAGGCCCACCGCUGCGUCCUGGCCGCAUCCUCACCUUACUUCCAUGACCAGGUACUACUAAAGAACAUGUCCACGGUCACCAUCCCGGCGGUGAUGGACCCGCUGGCGUUUGAGAGCGUGCUGAGCUGCGCCUACACCGGUCAGCUCCGGAUGCUGCGCGACGACAUCGUCAACUACCUCACGGUGGGCAGCGUCCUGCAGAUGUGGCACAUCGUGGACAAAUGCACUGAGCUGCUGAAGGAGGGCCGAGCUGCGGUGGCAGGAGGAAGCGGAGGAGGAGGAGGAGGCGGUGGUGUGCAGGAUGGAGCGGAAGGAGGUGGAGGGUCUGCCAACCCCGGGUGCAGCAGCAGCAACGGCGACAGCGGUGCAGGGGGCGAGAAUGGAGCCGGAGGUAACAGUGGUGUCGGUCGAGUCCAGGUUGCAGAGUCCAACGAGCCUCAGCGAGCCUCCCAGCCCCCCAGCCGGCCUUCAGUGAGCGAGAGCCAGAGUCCCAGCAGCACCAACUACUUCAGCCCCAGAGACGGCAGCAGUUUUGGGGGAAGCGGAGCGGCAGCAGCUGGAGCUUCAGUGGAUGGAGGGGCAGCGAGCAACACCCCCAGCUACUGCACGCCUUCAGGAGGAGAGGAAGCCUUCCUCAUCGAGGAGGAGGAGGAGGAGGUGGAGGAGGAAGAGGAGGAGGUGUUGUACCACCAAAGGAAGAGGGGGAGAGGAGGAGGCAGCGGGAGGAGGAAGAAAAUGAGCUCGGUGUCGGAGCAGGAAGUCGGGGUCAGCGACAGCUUUGGUGUGUCGUCCUAUCAGGAUGGAGAGGACUCUGCAUUGCCUCUGCAGAAGCGUCCGACCUACAGCCAGCCCAGCAUCAUGCCCCGCAAACAGUGGGUGGUGGUGAAAACCGAACGCACGGAGGACGACGACCUCAUCGUGGUGUCGGGGGAGGAGGGAGGAGAAGACGAGGAGGACGAGGAGGAGAGGGAGAUGGAGCUGGCACGAGAGAGGGACCGAAGCGACUUCAACAUCUCCAACGUUAGGAGCCUUUCAGCCGAGCUGGGGGGCCGAGCCGAGAGCGACAUGGACUCACAGGUGGAUUACUGCCAGUCUUCAGAAGACUACCUCAAGUUUGAAGGCAGUUUAAUGGAACAGACAUUAGCUCAGCACCUUCAUGACAGCGCUGCGGGUCAGAACCAGAACACUAACCGAGCCGUGUCGGCGCUGCUGGGUCAGGUUCAGUCUGCAGCCACGGCCCGGGCCCAGCUCUUCCCCCUGGACAUGCAGGGGAACCAGAUCCUCCUCUACAGCCAGGCCUCCGGACUCUCCCUGGACGCCGCCGCGCCUCCCCUGGGGAUGGCAGGUGGUAUGAUCGGAGGAGCCUCGUUUAAAGGACCCGGUCUGGAGCACGGUGCGGUCCACUUGUCAGUGCAGGGGGGUCUGGGGGUCGAUGGUACGGACAGCGGGGGGAUGGGAGGUGGAAGUGGCUGCGGUGGCGGCAGCAGCAGCUCCGGGGGUUCAGGGAAAGUGUUCAUGUGCCACUGUGGAAAGACCUUCACCCACAAGAGCAUGAGGGACCGCCACAUUAACAUGCACCUGGACCUGAGGCCCUUCCACUGCCCCGUCUGCGCCAAGAAGUUCAAAAUGAAGCAUCACCUCACGGAGCACAUGAAGACGCACACGGGCCUGAAGCCGUACGACUGCCUCAGCUGCGGGAAGAAGUUCAUGUGGCGCGACAGCUUCAUGCGGCAUCGGUCGCACUGCGAGAGGCGCAGCGGGCUGGGAGAGGGCGGCGAGGGCGGGAGCAGCAGCGACGGAGGCCGAAGAGGAGGAGGAGGAGAGGACGGACCCGAUUUGAUCUCCUCCCCUCACCUCCUCCUGUCUGCAGGCGAAGGCGCACAGAGCGGCAUCCUGGGAGGAGGAACGAGGGGAGGAGCGUCUGUUCCACAUCUGUCUGCUGCUGUUCUGUCACCGCAGCACGCCGGCGUCUCGGCUGCAGGAAGCAGCAGCAACAACAGCGUGAGUAACAGCAACAGUGCUGCUCUGAGCAACAACAUUUCUGCAGCGGGGGCCCUUCUAGGGGUCCCUCCGAGUCCGGGUCAAGGUCCAGGUUCUGGGAUGUUCGGUGGUCUCGGCUUGGGUCGGAAUGUCUGUGAUGAAGACGUGUGUGAAGUCAGUGCCAAUGAAAGUAGCGUGACUUAAACCAAACGUGUGCGUUCCAUCCAACGGGUGCCUCCUUCCAAACAGUCGGACGUCUGGUUCCUGCUGCUGUUUGAAAAGGUUGUUGUAAGCUCAGUGCUUCACUGAUAACAGCAUUUAGAACAGACGGUGUACUUUGUCCAGAAACAGGCGAGGCUCCCGUUGGACACACAACCUGAAGGACCUGUAAUGUUUACAGAAAAACGACACUUUGAGAUUCCAGUCGACUGUUGUGGCGUGAAGUUUCUGAAACAGACUUGUGGUUUUGCUGAUGCCAUCAUAAGUCAUCCGCAUUUCUCACAAAGACUUUAGGAAACUUGCCUCCGAAACGUGGCCUCAUAAAAAUGGACAUUUUGUCUCUGAGUAAGCUAUUGUUUUAAAUAUCUGAGACGUUAUUAGAGUUUAUUUUUUGGUUUUGUGGGAGAGUGUUUGUGGAGAGGAAACAACAAACGACCGUGUUUCACUAACUGUUAACUUCUGUGGCAACAUUAUAAUAUCAGUAGAGUAGAAAAAUGGCUGUUCUAAAUUGCUGUGAUUUCCUGCAGUAUUGUAUUGUGACAUAUUUCUGUAAUCAGAUCAAAAACACAAAUCUGCAAAACAAAUUAGGAAUGAAGGAAAAGACUGAAUUCAUGUGGUGUUAUUUUUCUAAAUAGGCACAGGACUUUACUAGAUUUGGUGAAACUCGCUCAGCUGACUUAAACUCUUCUGAAUUAAGAAGAAGCAGAGAAGUUGCAGAUUUGUGUGUUUUCUUGGAUUUCCUCACAGCAGCAGUGAUGGAUCUUUUCCUGCCUCAGUGUCAGAUGUAACAAACCUAACUGUCAGCACUGCCAAGUUGUUUUCAGUGAUACUGGUUGUGCUUUUUUUGAAGCUCGUCCUGCGUUACCGUUGAGACUCAGAUAUUUAUCCUCAUCACUGACCGACCUCAGUCACGUCCACAGGGACGGACGUUUGCCAGACAGGAACUCUUUGGUCUUUUGGCUGCUUAUUUAUUCAUCUCUACCAACCUGUACAGCUAAUUAGCUUGAGCCUUAUUCAGACGUGGUUUUCAAAACUUGAUGUUUGGGUGUUGUAGCAAAAGCUAGAUCUGUUAGUCCUUUUACCUUUAUGGUUCAGCUCUGCAUAAUCAGCCACAACAUUAAAACCAGCUGCCUAAUGAGGAACCAUAGAGGAGUCGCUAGUGGAUCCUUUAGGUCUUGUAGUUUGCAGGGUGAAGCCUCUACGUUCUUUCUUUCUUUCUUUCUUUCAAGUUUAUUUGAAAAAGGACAGUGUGCAGUUACAUUAAAAAGAUGGCUGCACCAGAUUUAGCAUCAUGCUAAUUUCCAUCUGUAGUCCGACGUAUCCCCCAGAUGCUAUGUUAGAUGUGGAUUUGGGGAGCUUGGAGGCUGGGUCAGAAACUGGAGCUCUUGGUCAUGUUCCUCGAGCAGUUUUUGAGGUGUGUUAGGCCACAACGUCCUGCUGAAGGAGGCUGCUGCUGCCGGUAUUGCAGUUAUCAUUCCACGCCAUUUCACCCAGAUUUCAAAGGUUUUCCUAGUUAAUGUCAUGUAUUUUUUGGAGAAAAAAAUCAUGCAAAAACUUCUACUUCAACCAUGGAACUUUGCAAAAUCCUACAGUUUUACUAGAAAUACCUUUUGAAUUCUGAAUUUUCGACCGUACAGUAGGCCCUGUGUGUUUAAUUUUAGAACUUCAGCGAUUCUUUUAAAGCAUCACCAGUUGCUUAUUAUUCACAGGAUUAGGUAUAUUUUUUUUUCUACUAAAGUUAUUGCUCUGUGUGUCUGGAUGAGAAAACAUUUCUGCAACAAUGCAACGUUGCACUCUCUUAUAUACCUCAUAUUAUGUAUUGUUUUGAUAAUUACAUUAAUGCUACAAGUUGGUGAACUUUAGAAAUGUUAUCUCUUCCAGACACAUGGAGCAAGAUGAAUCCUUUGUUACACAAAGACCCAAACCACUAAAGCUGGAACUUGAACUGUUUAUUUGCUGAACUAAUUAGCUCAACAGGUACCAUACACACAUAUAAAACCUUGAAAUCAGCAUAAUCAAAUAUUUACCUGACAAUUAAAGCCACUAAAUAUGAUUGUAAAGCCUCUGAAAACUACAAAAAAUGUGUCAUCUUUAAAUGAGACGUUUAGAUUAAAUAAGUUUUGAUGAAAUGUUGGAACUUUGGUUCUAUUUUCUGACUGAACCACACAUCACUGAACUGUUGGAAAGUUGAAAAAUCCAACAGUUCUUUAUGUGUUUACUAAAUGGAGCCAUUUUGGUAAUUGUCUUUGAAUAUAACACACCUUUCAAACGUGCGGCAGGUUUUGGGAUUCAGAGGGUUAACUGAGGAUUAACUCAGGUGUUGAUUGGUCGUCUGGAUGUGAUGACAGCAGCUGAUUGGCUAACUGUAUCUACACGCCUGUGGAGGAGCAGCUUUAGUGUUUGUGCUCCUUCCUGAAAAAAUAUACUGUUAAAAUGUCUUAGAAAGUGGAUUUUCUGGCUCUGAAGCUAAUUUUAGGAAGGGUUAGGGUGUGGUAGUGAAUUUUUGAUGCAGCGCCAAAUGAAAUGUUGUUGUGACAAAACUAAGAUGCUUCAGCCCACAACAAAAAUUUGAUUGGAAUUGAAGGAAUAUCAGUGAAGCUAUGAGGUUUGGGAUGCACUGUGGUUUGGUGGUUAUUAUUAUUUUAAUUUCUGCUUUUAAAAAAUGAUUACAAGUUCCAACUUUUUCUUCAGGUUUCUGGGAUAUUCAGUAAAAAAAAAAAUCUGCCAACUUCAAUGAAAACUAAACCACUGGUGAGGCUUUAAAGAUGCUUCAUAAGAAUCGCUGAAGUUAUCACAUAUUCUUUCAACUAUUUUCAAAAAUUCAUACCUCAAAAAGUAUGUGCAGUAGAGCUGUGGGAUUUUGAAAGAUUCUGUGGUUUAGGCAGAAAUGUUUGCAUAAUUUUUUUCAAGAAAAUCCAUAACUUCAGCUGGGAGGUGAGUUGGCAUGGAAUGGAACUUGUGUGUUAAGGCCGUGUGCUUUGUAACAUCCACAGGACCAAAUGUUCUCCAGCAGAACUUAGACUGUAAGCAGAUGUUUCAGUCGGUGGUUUUAAUGUUGUGGCCGAUCACUGUAAACUCGACCUGUAACUGAUAAGCUCAUAACUUCUCCUCUGCAGCUUUUACAGCAGGAGGAGGCUGAUUUACAGUUUUGCUGCUGCUUUCACUUUCUUACUUUGAUGUUCACAGAGUUUUUUGCGCUUGGAGGAGUAUUUUAUCAUCACUGUAAAUAUAUAGAAAUAUAUGUUAUCUACUCAUCAGACCUGCGGCAGAGUUUAAACGCCGCUGGUCUGCUUUUAAUGGGUUGUAGAGGAAAUAUGUGAACGUGUUCUCCACUGGGUUCUCCACUGCAUCUGUUCAGUUCAAUGACAAGCAUCACAGUGGUCUUAUUAGAGCUCUACAGGAUACCUCCUCUGAACGGGUGACAGAGUGGGUUUAGUUUUGGACCCAAAUGAAAAGAAAACCUCAUUUUUCAGUAGCACAGGAAGAAGUCACAGGAUUUUUCAGUUUUACAUGAAUACAUUUCUGUAGUUUCCACUGGUGUUUUGUUUUACUUUGAGCCACACAGGUCCUGACCUACCAGACAUUAGUAAAUGUUGAGAGAGUUUCUAUGUUCUGACACGUUAUAUGCAGGACUUCCGGUACAUUUAUUAUAUCUGUGAAUGAGAUAUUUUAAUAAUGAAGCAUAGUAGAAGCUUAAACAGCAGGUAUUUCUUCUGGAACAGAGGAUCUGAUCAGAUUCUGGAGCACCUUUCUGCAUAAAUUUAGAUAAUAAUGAGAGACUUCCCCAAAAAAUAUUCACUUAAAGUUGAAAUCGAUGCCACAUGUGUUGGUGUAUUGUGUUUUCUUAUGAGCUAAUUGGCUUAAUUAGGAGGAAACUGAUUGUUCUUAUUAUUUAGGAGACAAUCUGAUUAGAUUUUAAUGUGCCUUGCUGCAUAAAUGUGCAUAUUAAUGAAGUUUUAGUGAUUUUUGGAAACUUUUCGGAGCAAACGUGUUUGGACGUCAUGUUAGAAGAUGUAAUGGCACUAAAGUAGUGUUUUUGUCCAUCUGUCUUCAGCAGCAGUUUUAGUUUUGUUUUGUGCUGAAGUGAAGGUGGUGUGAUGAUGAAGGACGCUCUAGUUUGGAACAUAAAGCAAAUACUUGUUGGCUGAGAAGACUAGAUUAACGGAUUAAGUUCAAUUUCACUUUUUGGAACAACUUUUAUUCUGUUAUCAUACAAAAUUAAAAUAAAUUGACCCGUCGAACACUAUAAAUACUGUCUAUCCUCAAAAUAAAUGUAAUUAAUUGCACAGUGAAAGUUUUUAUACGGAACAUUUUGUCAUGAAGUCGGUUGAUUAAGUCCAAAUUAAAUGUUAGAAAAUAAAGAAAAAAAUAGGACGGUAUUAUCGGUCACUUGCCACGUUUAAGCUGAUAGUAGAUUGUUGAUAAUGAUACAUUUUAAGAAAGAUAAAUUCUUUAAUUAUAUUACCAUUCGCUGUAGUCUGCAGCUAUGUCCAUCCUGCUGCUGAAUAAAUAUCAGCUCCAUGUUACUGGUCAGAGUUCAGGGCUUGAAGCUCAUGUUUGUUCACUCACAGUAGAGCAGAAUUCAUGACGCUAAACACAGGUCAGUCUGUUUACAAUAAACCUCAUAGUUCUUCAUAACACCGUGUUCUGUUCUUUACUGCACUGUGGUUUAAAUACAGCAUCAGUUCUGCUUCUAUACUGGGAGGCCGUAGUUACUAUUUAAUGUUAGCACUGUUCUAAUACCAGUUCUGUGUGAUGCAUUUAGGGACCAUGUUAUUACUGCUGAGAGGACACACUGACAGGCUGUUCUCUGUUUUUACAGUUAAAUCUUCACUUUUCCUCAACUGCAAACCAAUUUAGUUGAUGUUCAGCACAUUUCUGUAAUGAUUAGAUUUCUGAAGUACUACUUACAUUAGUUUAAAAGGAUAUAUCAGAAGACAUUGUUUUAGAACUUAAACUAAUUCUGUCCCAUGCAGCUCUUUAAUACUUCAUAUUGGGGAACCAUAUAAGUUUACACAUAAAACAUUUUUCCUUCAGCUGAGCUUCAUAAAAAGUCAUCAGGGAAACUCUUUGGUUACAGGGAGACGUUUCUUAGAGUCGAUUUAAAUCAGAAACUCAGAACCUGCUCUGGACCAGGUUAGCUCUGCAGCAUCAGUUACCAUAGAGAUCUAGCAGGUUAAAUGAGAGACUCCAUGAGCUCUACAUACCUGCUAACCACUAAUCUAGCAGUUGAGCUCUCUGCUACAACAAUCUGCCUUCUCCUUUCAAACUGUGCUGUGCAUACUACAAAUGUGGCUGGGUUUAUGUGUUUUUAAAUGGUGCAUCUUUUCUUUCCCAGACUUGUCCUGGUCUGUGACUGACUGCAGCUGUUUCAGUGUUCCUUCACCUCCGCUUGUGAACUUUAACACUGCAGAAAUCAGAGAGCCACAGUAGCUACAACACAAAGCAGUUAACACACGACCUCAUAGACGUUUUCAAGCCUUUAGAGAUGUUUAAUGGCUGCAGUUAUGUGAAGAGAAGCAGAGUUAGUGUCUUACCUUCUGUGAAGGCUCAGUGUGGAUGUUUUAUAAGCACGUUUGGAGCUCUGUGUCUGCUGGUGGUUGUGUGUUGAAGUGGGAUCUCCAGCGUUUGUUCUCUGAGCUGCUGCAGAGGAAACAUGGAGCAGAAUGUGUGAGAGACGUGUGAACACUAAAGAAGUUAACGUGAUCAUAGAUGACUCAAAAACAACUCAUGAACAGAGAAAUGUUUUGAUUCAGACAGAAAUGUGUGGAUUAAUACACUUAACAAAAAUAUAAACAAACAUUUUUGUUUUUGCUCCCAUUUUUUAUGAGAUGAACUCAAAGAUCUGAAACUUUUUCCACAUACACAAUAUCACCAUUUCUCCCAAAUGUUGUUCACAAAUCUGUCUAAAUGUGUGACAGUGAGCACUUCUCGUUUGCUGAGAUAAUCCAUCCCACCUCACAGGUGUGCCAUAUCAAGAUGCUGAUUAGACACCAUGAUUAGUGCACAGGUGUGCCUUAGAUUGGCCACCAUAAAAGGACACUCUUUUUGUGUUUAUAUUUUUGUUGAGUGUAUUUGAGCCACAGUCUGACUGACAGAAUAGUUUCUCCUUCUUGCAUCCACUAACAUUAACUUCUCCACGUCAUGCAGAUGUAUACAGGAGAGUCGACAUGACAGCAGUUUGUCUCUGAUAAAGAUUAUUAUAGAUUUAGUUUAACCCUUUAAAACUGGUCGUCCGCUUGUAUUCAGACUGCAGCUGAGAUGUCGUAUCCAUUCCACCAAUACCGGUUUAUACAUAUUCAAUACGUACCUAGGAAUCUUUUACAAGCACUGGUUUCUCGUAUUACCAUUCAGUAGUAGGGCCUACAUUAUGUAUCUGUUAUUAUUAGUAUAUAUCUAUUCUAUGUGCUGUAGAUAAAUUAACAAUCUCCACUUAAUUUAGCAUCACCUGGAAAGCAGAAACAGAAAUACAUAUUUUUUUUAUAUAAUUGUGAACAAAUUCAGGUGUCAAGGGGUUAAACUUUGGUACAACGAGCACGGAGAAACUUAGAGCAUCAAACACUUGAUUUCCUGGAUUCUGGUGAAUUUUCUGCAUCAAAUCAUGGAGGAAACGUCUUCAUCUGUUUAAAGGAACACAACAUUUACGGGUUAAAUCUAAUUAUAGUGGAAUAGGACGCAGUAAAGCUUCUGUGUUACUAAAUAUUUAUUUUCCUGUAGAUGAACUUUGAAUAUUAACCCUGCUGAUGGAACACAUGGAGACCAGAUUUACUCCUCUAACCUCUCUGAAUGUGGCAACAUUUCAAAGGAAAUGAUCUUUAAGAAUCUGGACUUUGUGCACAUUCAGAACAGAUCACACAUGUCUGUGUUUGACACUCUGCAGAUUUAAGACUGUCAGGAGGAACGUUGCACCCAUGAGCUAACAUACAGCAGCAUCUUUUGGUGUUUGUUUCCAACCUGAAAUCUCUGGUUGUGUAUUGAGAUGUGACUGCAACAGACAUGUAGAUUAAAAUCCCAGAAAUAAUCAAUAAAACUUAAAAAACUUGUUACUGAAAAGUGCAAAUACGGAAACUACAAAAAGAGGCCGUCAUAGUUUGAUCCUAUAUCACUUCUAUAUCAUUUUUCUUAAAGUUUUGCCCUCUUAAAACAAACAAAACUGACUGGUUCACAUUUUCAGUUGUUCGAGGCCCUCAGGUCUUGGAGUUGUCGAUGCCUUUCAGUAAGACUCCACAUGAUGAGGUGUGGUUGAAGUUUUAGCUCUGCAGCUUCACGUCUCAGUGACAGAAGAGCUCCUUUACGAGAGAAGUAAAAAGGUGAAAGGAUUAAAGUUGCUGCUGAAAACUAGACUCGAGUAUUUUUGUUAUUUUUGUACAUGACACCACUCCAGAUUCUUACAUGUCGUCCGACUGACCAGCUGAUUGUUGAACAGUGAUCACACAAAACCACAUCUGUAAGUCCUGAGUGGUACCAAUAAUGUCAUUAACAUCAGUGUUCACCUGCCAUGUAUCAGAGUAACGGAUUAAUAAAUCAUUUGGUGAGAA